GCUGCUGCUCUGGCCUCUCCGGGCCGCGCGCCUCCGGCUCACCGCGCGGUAGCCUCCCCCGCAUCGGCGCCGUCCCUGGGCUUCCGUGCUCCGGGCGAAGCCCUGGCCCGGCGGCCGGGGCAUGGGCAGGGGCGCGGGGUAAGGCGGCUUCCCGCAGGGGCGUGAGUGCAGCGGCUUCAGCAUGAAGACCCUCAUAGCCGCCUACUCCGGGGUCUUACGAGGCACUGGCUCCAGCAUCCUCUCUGCCCUCCAGGACCUCUUCUCCGUCACUUGGCUCAACAGGUCCAAGGUGGAAAAGCAGCUGCAGGUCAUCUCGGUGCUGCAAUGGGUCCUGACCUUCCUCGUGAUGGGAGUGGCCUGCAGCGUCACCCUCAUAUACACGUUCUGCACCGAUUGCUGGCUCCUCGCCGUUCUCUACUUCACCUGGCUCGUGUUUGACUGGAACACGCCCAAGAAAGGUGGCAGGAGGUCACAGUGGGUCCGAAACUGGGCUGUGUGGCGCUACUUUCGAGACUACUUUCCCAUCCAGCUGGUGAAGACGCACAACCUGCUGACCACCAGGAACUACAUCUUUGGAUACCACCCCCAUGGCAUCAUGGGCCUGGGUGCCUUCUGCAACUUCAGCACAGAGGCCACGGAAGUGAGCAAGAAGUUCCCUGGCAUAAGGCCCUACCUGGCGACACUGGCCGGCAACUUCCGGAUACCAGUGCUGAGGGAAUACCUGAUGUCCGGAGGCAUCUGCCCUGUGAACCGGGAUACCAUAGACUACUUGCUUUCCAAGAAUGGUAGUGGCAAUGCCAUCAUCAUCGUUGUGGGGGGCGCAGCCGAGUCCCUGAGCUCCAGGCCCGGCAAGAACACGGUCACCUUGCGCAACCGCAAGGGCUUUGUGAAACUGGCCCUGCGCCACGGAGCCGACCUGGUUCCCAUCUACUCCUUCGGGGAGAAUGAGGUGUACAAGCAGGUGAUCUUUGAGGAGGGCUCCUGGGGCCGAUGGGUCCAGAAGAAGUUCCAGAAGUACAUCGGCUUUGCCCCAUGCAUUUUCCACGGCCGAGGCCUCUUCUCCUCCGACACCUGGGGGCUGAUGCCCUACCCCAAGCCCAUCACCACCGUGGUGGGUGAGCCCAUCACCAUCCCCAAGCUGGAGCACCCAACCCAGCAGGAUAUCGACCUCUACCACGCCAUGUACAUGGAGGCCCUGGUGAAGCUCUUCGACAGGCACAAGACCAAGGUCGGCCUCCCGGAGACUGAGGUCCUGGAGGUGAACUGAGCCAGCCCUCAGGGACCAGUCCCCGGAGGAACCAGCUGCAAAUCAUUUUCUACCAAGUUCUCGAGUGCUUUUGUUCUGUAAAUUUAGAAGCGUCAUGGGUGUCUGUGGGUUAUUUAAAAGAAAUUAUAAUAAUUUUGUUAAACCAUUA